UGCUGCCCCCUGCUGGAGCGGGGCCGUGGGGGUGGGGUCAAACAAAAGCCUCACAACGAUAUCUAAUUCGAAUAAUAAAUGUAAUGAAAUUUACAUUUAAAUAAAUACUAAAUGCAUAAAGACCCGAAAAAUAAAACGAAUAAAUCUACACGCAUACACAUUUAUUCAAACUCAAAUCUCAGCAGCAAAAGAAGAAACAAACGGUCACGUUACCAAGAAACUCAUAAGACAGAGAAAUACAGUGAACUGGUAAAACACAACAACAAUGAACAAUUAAUAGAUUACACAGUAAAUAUAAAUGCGAACAAAUAAAUGACAAACAGCCACAACAUAUCAAAGGACAUUACUACGUUUUUUAUCGUCCAAAAAAUAAUAACACCACAGCAACAAAGCUUCAAAUUUGAAAUUCUGACAGGAAGUAGUUUGUGUUUUUGUAUUGUCGUCGUAGUUUAGACGUCCUCCGCAGUCAAUAACGCGCAGCUAGCAACUAAGCUGUCCCGCAUCGACCCCGCAUAGAGAGCGGACUCUGCGGGGCUGCGGAGCCGCCGUGAAGAUGUCCAGAUACGGUCGGUACGGAGGAGAAACAAAGGUGUAUGUGGGGAACCUGGGGAUGGGGGCGGGGAAAGGUGAGCUGGAGCGGGCCUUUGGGUACUACGGCCCCCUCAGGACCGUCUGGAUCGCCAGGAACCCUCCAGGCUUCGCCUUUGUGGAGUUUGAAGACCCUCGAGACGCUGACGAUGCUGUUCGAGGGUUAGACGGAAAGGUGGUUUGUGGGAGUCGGGUCCGGGUCGAACUCUCCACCGGGACACCUCGUCGCUCUCGGUAUGACCGACCUCCGACACGUCGACCAUUUGACCCCAACGAUAAGUGUUAUGAAUGUGGAGAGAAAGGUCACUAUGCCUACGACUGUCACCGCUACGGCCGCCGGAGCCGGAGGAGCAGGUCCAGGUCUCGCUCCAGGUCCCAUGGGAGGCGUUACUCUCGCAGCAGGAGCCGAGGGAGGGGGUCCAGGUCUUUCUGUCCUCGUCGCUCCCACUCAGUCUCUCCCAGAAGAUCCGGAUCUGCCACACCUAGGAGGUCCAGGACCAGAUCAAGGACCCGGUGCAGGUCCAAGUCCAGGUCCAGGUCGGGUUCUCGAGGCCGGAGCAGGUCUGGAUCCAUGGGUCAGUCUUGCUCUGGAUCUCCAGCUAGAACUUGCUCGACCUCAGGGAGUCCUGCUGCAGACUGAUGAUCAGCUGAAUGUUUUUCUGUUUUUCUGUCUGUGAAUUGAUUUGAUUGUUAUGAGUUUUUCUAUGAACAGACUGUGGUCUCGCUUCAGAUUAUUGAAUAUUGAUGAUUGAUUAUUGUUGUUCUAGUCUGCGUGAGAACCUGUAGAGUUUAUGAUAUGAGGAGCUGAGUGUAUGUGUCACUGAUCAUCUGAAAAACAAUAAAGAUUUAUACAAGUA